AUGAAACCGUAUUAUGAGGUGAGAGGCAUCUUAACGACGACAGGGGAUGGCAUCUUAUUAUGUGGUACCAGAAUUCACAUACCGAAAGGUUUGCGAGAAGAGGUAUCGAAACGGAUACACCAAGGUCACUUAGAUGAGAAGAAAUGCCUAGGACGAGCCAGGCAGGCCAUAUGGUGGCCAGAUGUCAGCACAGAUGUGAAAGCAAAAUAUUCCAAUUGCAACACGUGUUUGGAAUACCGACCACAGAUUAGAGAACCGCUGAUAGCAGUAGAACCUCCCAAGCGACCAUGGCAGGAAGUGGCGGUUGAUUUUUGUGACAGAGAUGGAAGACAAUAUCUGGUGUUGGUGGAUUUUUCUCGUUAUCCAGAGUUUAGCAGUCAGGAAUACAAGGAUUUUGCUAAAAAUUUCGGAUUUACCAAUGUUACGAGCAGUCCGAGAUAUCCAGUCCAGAAUAAUGGAAAAGUAGAGGCUGCAGUGAAGACUGUCAAGCGCAUCUUAAAGAAGGAGACUGAGCCCACAUUAGGUCUGUUAGCAUAUCGUACUUCACCCUUAGAAACGGGCAGUAGUCCGUGUGAGUUGUUGAUGGGCAGGAAGCUUAGAACUACAAUACCAAGUUCAGAUGUAGUACGACACCGUACACGAGAAUUGCCUAAACUUAAGCCAGGUGAACUUGUAUGGAUACGAGACCAACGGACAUAUGGCACUGUGAUGCGUCGCCGGAGCGAAUCAAGGUCUUUCGAUGUGCGAUACCCAGGCGGUGUAUUGAGGCGAAACAGAAUCUUUCUGACGGCAGUGCGACGAGAGGUGGAUGACGAGGACGAUGACGAAUAUAACGAUACAACAUGGUUAGGUGGAGCUGAAGCACCAAAGGUGACGGAUAGAGAGGCGGAAUCAACCAGACAGCCGGAACAUGAAGCAACAGGCAGCACCACUCACCGAAGAGACUACAAUAUCAAACAUUAG